AUGCUCUCCUCAGUCAGAUUGGCCACCAGACAGGCGGCGACCCGUGGUGUCGCUGUGCGAAGAUGUAUCGCCGCCCGUCAAGCUUCCACCUGGGCCGACGUGCCGCAAGGACCUCCAGCCAUCUUGGGUAUCACUGAAGCCUUCAAGGCCGACAGUUUCGAGGAGAAGAUCAACUUAGGUGUUGGCGCAUACCGUGACGACCAAGGCAAGCCCUACGUCCUCCCCUCUGUACGAACGGCCGAAGACAAGGUCGUAUCCGCACGUCUCAACAAGGAAUACGCUGGUAUUACCGGUGUCCCUGAGUUUACUAAAGCCGCCGCCGUGCUUGCAUACGGUGCCGGCUCCUCUGCCCUCGACCGCCUGGUCAUCACACAAUCCAUCUCUGGAACUGGUGCUCUUCGGAUUGGGGGUGCGUUCCUGCAACGUUUCUACCCUGGCGCAAAGAAGAUCUAUAUCCCAACACCGUCAUGGGCAAACCAUGCUGCGGUCUUCAAAGAUUCGGGGCUGGAAGUUGAGAAGUACCGAUACUACAACAAGGACACCAUUGGUCUUGAUUUCGAGGGUAUGGUUGCCGAUAUCAAGGCCGCACCAAAGGGGAGCAUCUUCCUACUCCACGCAUGCGCACACAACCCUACCGGUGUCGACCCAACUGUCGAGCAGUGGAAGGAGAUCAGUGAGGCUGUCAAGGCUGGUGGUCACUACGCUUUCUUCGACAUGGCAUACCAGGGAUUUGCCUCAGGAGACACAGACAAGGACGCCUUCCCUGUCAGAUACUUUGUCGAGCAGGGCCACAACCCAUGCCUUGCUCAAUCUUUCGCCAAGAACAUGGGUCUCUAUGGUGAACGUGUCGGAGCAUUCUCAAUUGUCUGCGCCGACGCAGAAGAGAAGAAGCGUGUUGACUCGCAAGUCAAGAUCCUCGUCCGACCUCUCUACUCCAACCCUCCCGUCCACGGUGCACGUAUCGCUUCCGAGAUUCUCAACGACCCAGCCUUGAACAAGCAAUGGUUGGGCGAGGUCAAGGGCAUGGCCGACCGCAUCAUCACCAUGCGCGCUCUUUUGAAGAAAGAGCUCGAGGCUCUGGGCUCGAAGCACGACUGGAGUCACAUCACGAGCCAAAUCGGCAUGUUCGCCUACACUGGAUUGACCCCUGAGCAGAUGGAUAAGUUGGCCAAGGAGCACUCUGUGUACGCAACCAAGGAUGGUAGAAUAUCAGUUGCGGGUAUCACGACGGGGAAUGUUAAGAGACUUGCGGCUGCCAUCCAUGCCGUCAAGCCAUAG